AUGUCGGAAGGAGGCAAAGAAUCUUCUCAAGGCUCUGGAAACGAGAAUUUUCAAAACAUGGCACAAAUGUUUCAAGCUAUGGCCAGAGAAUUCGUUACGGCCAUAACCGAUCUUAGGAGAGAUGCACCUCGUGACGAAGAACGUGGAUGUCCGUUCAAACGCUUUGAGCGUCUUCAAAUUCCCUUAUUCGAUGGUAAACGGGAUCCUAUGGAAUGCGAGAACUGGCUGAUCGAUGCGGAGGAAAUUUUACGACUCGCUGGCUGCACAGAAGAACAAAAGGUGCAGUACACCACAUAUCGAUUGUCGGGUGAAGCCAGAAAUUGGUGGGUUGCCAAGAAAGUACUGCUAAUCCAAGAGCUGGGCAGCGAAGAAGCAAUUUCCUGGCAGCGAUUCCAGAAAGAAUUCCUUCAACAAUAUUUUCCCAAGAUUCUCAGAGAUGCGAAAGCCCGGGAAUUCACGGAUCUCACUCAAGGAAAUUUGACUGUCACUCAAUAUGUGGCUCGCUUUAAUGAAUUGGCGCGUUUUGCUCCCUACUUGGUAGCUGACGAAGAGAUUCGAGUGAGGAAAUUUGAACAAGGUCUCAACCCUCGAAUCCACGAUCAUGUGGUUUGUCUAGAGAUUCGUGAUUUCGUGGAAUUGGUGAACAAGGCCUCCUUGGCUGAGGAGAGUUUGAAAAGGAACGCUACGGAAACGGCGGAAUUUCGAAAAAAAGCUGCACCCCCACUGAAUCAAAACCAGGCUGGGUGGAGAGGAGGACCAAAUGGUAACAAUUGA